AUUACGGCUUUACAAAGUGCUUUCACCCACAGUAAUCACCACUCUGUUUACAAAAUUUUCACCGGCCCCCGAGGGAGGUGUCAUUAUCUCCAUUUUACACGGGGGAAAUUAAGGCCCUGAGGGGCUGAAGGAUUCGUCCGCAGAAGCGGGCCUCCAGGUUCCAAAUGGGGAUCCCAGAAAAAGCCUUCAUCGCUUCCGCGCACGCUCCAGGCGCGAGGAAGUAAAGGCGACAGGAGAGGAAGGAGGGACCGGGAAGGAAGGCGGUAGGACCCGCAGGUCGGCGGCGAGGGUGGCACCCGGCCUGGACUGGCCCCGCCUCCGGGCCAACCCGCGAUUCAUUCCGAGAGCUGAUUGGACUAGCCCAGAGCAUGUUCCAGAUCCCAGAGUUUGAGCCCAGUGAGCAGGAAGACUCCAGCUCCGCAGAAGGGGGCCUGGGCCCCAGCCCCGCAGGGGACCGGCCAGGCCCCUACAAGAAUCAACCACCAGGCUGCGGCUUGGCUCCAGGCCUCCCCAGGGACACAGGUCACCAGCAGCGGCAGGCAACCAGCAGCAGCAACCAUGGAGGCGCUGGGGCUACGGAGACCCGGAGUCGCCACAGCUCGUACCCCGCAGAUACCGAUUUGGAUGAAGAGAUGGAAGAGGAGCCCAGCCCCUUCCGCGGCCGCUCGCGCUCGGCGCCCCCCAAUCUCUGGGCUGCACAGCGCUACGGCCGCGAGCUCCGGAGGAUGAGCGACGAAUUCGAGGGCUCCUUUAAGGGACUUCCUCGCCCGAGGAGCGCGGGCACAGCGUCGCAGAUGCGGCAAAGCUCCAGCUGGACGCGCUUCAUCCAGUCCUGGUGGGAUCGGAACUUGGGGAGGCGAGGCUCCGCCCCCUCCCAGUGACCGUCCCCACAUCCCAAACUCCACCGGUUCCUGUCGCCGUUGGCGACCAUCUUGGGUGUGGGCGGAAAUCUCCGCAGGCCUGUGCAGAGGGGACCCUUCUGUCCCUUGGCUGGGAGGCGCGUGGGAGCGCAGAGGGUAGGUCCACGCAAGUUUUGAAGGUUUUCCGCCCACGGCUGGCCGCCCCGCCCUCGGGCGCUGGGUAGUCCCGCCCAAGCUGCGAGCCGGGAUUUAACCCUUACUUCGCCAGGGCCCUCUCCUCCGCCGGGAAGCUGUGGGCCCAGCGACCUACAUGCUAAUAAAAGUCACACCUGUGCCGCC